AUGAACCAAACAAACCACUUCAGAGUGACAGAAUUCCUUCUUCUGGGACUUUCUGAUGAUCCUCAGAUGCAACUACUGCUCUUUGUAUUAGUUUUGGGGGUGUACUUAAUUACUGUUUCUGGAAACCUGCUUCUUAUCUUUCUAGUUCUCACUGAUACUCAGCUCCAUACACCCAUGUACUUUUUUCUGUGCAAUUUAUCUACAGCUGACCUCUUUUUCUCUACCAACAUUGUUCCCCAAGCUCUAGUUCACAUGCUAUCCAAGAGAAAGGUCAUUUCCUUCAUAGGAUGUGCAGCUCAGCUGCUUCUUUUCCUCAUUUUUGGAUGUACACAAUGUGCCCUGUUAGCUGUGAUGUCGUAUGACCGAUAUUUGGCUAUCUGUGAUCCCAUGCACUACUCUCUUAUCAUGACAGGAAGGUUAUGUUGCCUCUUGUCAUUGGGGUGCUGGAGCAGUGGUUUUCUAGUUUCAAUUGUAGACACUGCAUUCACAUUACACCUACCCUAUCAAGGAGACAAUAAAAUUUCUCAUUUCUUUUGUGAGGCUCCAGCAAUCUUGGCUAUAGCAUCUGGAGAUACCUAUAUCAAAGCCAUUUUCCUCAUGGGUGUGGUGAUUCUUCUUGCACCUGUGUCCUUGAUCCUGGUUUCCUAUGGCUCUAUCAUAGUGACUGUCAUCAGGAUGAAGACAGCUUCAGGAAGGCUUAAGGCAUUUUCUACCUGUGGCUCUCACCUUUUAGUGGUUAUCCUUUUUUAUGGAACAGGAAUCAUGACUUAUAUGACACCCAAGUCCUCUAAGGAGCAGGGGAAACUGGUGUCUGUGUUUUAUGCUGUGAUAAACCCCAUGCUUAACCCCCUCAUCUACAGCCUACGGAACAAAGAUGUAAAAAGAGCAUUCAGGAAUGCAACCAACAGAGGGAAAGUCUGCAAACUCUGA